AUGGCGCCCGUGCCACGCGUCGCCAUCAUUGGCGCUGGCAUCGUUGGCACAAACCUCGCCGACGAGCUCGUCUCGCGUGGCUGGACCGACAUCACCGUCAUCGAGCAGGGGCCUCUGGAUAUGCCUGGCGGGUCGACAUCGCAUGCCCCCGGCCUGGUGUUCCAGACGAACCCGUCGAAGACAAUGACCCAGUUCGCCAGAUAUACCGUGGACAAGCUGUUGUCCUUGGAAGAGGACGGUCAGAGCUGCUUCAACCAGGUCGGCGGCUUGGAGAUAGCAACGACGCCGGCGCGAGUCGAGGAGCUCAAGCGCAAGCACGGCUGGGCCUCGUCCUGGGGCGUGGAAACCCGCCUGCUCAGCACCGAGGAAUGUCUUGAGAGAUACCCUUUGUUGAACAAGGACCUCGUGCUCGGGGGCCUGUUUAUCCCUACUGAUGGGCUAGCAUUGGCCGCUCGCGCGGUUCAGUUGCUCAUUGCACGCACCCGCAAGGCUGGCGUCCGUUACUUGGGUUCCACGCAGGUUACUGGCAUCGAGCAAGCUGACGACCGCGUUACCGGCGUAGUGACUCCGGAGGGGACCAUACCUGCCGACAUUGUCGUCUCUUGCGCGGGUUUCUGGGGCGUUGAGGUGGGAACCAUGAUCGGGCUCUCAGUACCCUUACUGCCGCUGGCACAUCAGUAUGCUAAGACGACACCCGUACCAGCACAAGCAGGUCGCAAUCCUCUGCCAAACGGAGCGAGCCUCCCCAUCUUACGCUACCAGGACCAGGAUCUCUACUACCGUGAGCAUGGCGAACAAUAUGGCAUUGGCUCUUAUGCCCAUCGGCCGAUCCCUGUCGUUGCCUCAUCAUUGCCCCUAGCGUCCAAGAGUGUCGACGAAAAGAACAUGCCGUCCCGCCUGGAAUUCACCCCAGAAGACUUCAAACCGGCAUGGGAUUUAUCUCGAGAGCUUCUACCUGCUUUGAAGGAGAGCGAGAUUGCCGAUGGUUUCAACGGGAUCUUCUCAUUCACCCCGGACGGCGGUCCUCUCGUUGGACAGUCACCCACGCUGGACGGGUUCUAUGUGGCGGAGGCGGUAUGGGUGACGCACUCUGCUGGCGUCGCGCGCGCGGUGGCCGAAAUCUUAACUGCAGGGCGAUCCGAGGUCGACCUGGCUGAAUGCGACCUUGGGCGCUUCGAGGAAGUCCAACUCACACCGGCAUAUGUCAAGGAGACUUCGCAGCAGAACUUCAUCGAAGUCUACGAUAUCAUACACCCACUUCAGCCGAGAGAGUCGCCGCGCCAACUGCGAGUAAGUCCAUUUUACGCUCGGCAGCGUGAGCUGGGGGCUUUUUUCCUCGAGAGCGGGGCCUGGGAACGCCCGUUCUGGUAUGAGUCGAAUGCAAAGCUGAUCGAGCAGCUCCCGCCGGAGUGGAAGCCCGUCGAGCGGGACCCCUGGUCGGCUCGAUACUACUCGCCGAUCGCUGCGGUAGAGGCCUGGAAGACGCGGACAGCGGUCGCCAUGUACGACAUGACUCCACUGCGUCGGCUAGAGGUGGUUGGGCCUGGGGCGGUCGAUCUGCUGCAGCGACUGACCACGGGUGAUGUCUCGAAGAAGCCUGGCGCCGUCACCUAUACGCUCCUUCUAGACAAUUCCGGAGGUAUUCGAAGCGACAUCACUGUGGCUAGACUCGCUCAGGACCUCUUCCAGGUAGGUGUGAACGGCCGCGUGGACCUGAUCUACUUCUCUCGGGAGGCCCGUCGGCAGUCGCAGCAUGACCCCAGCAGAUGGGCGUAUGUGCGCGAAAUCACCGGAGGCACGUGCUGCGUCGGGCUCUGGGGCCCACGGGCGCGCGACGUGAUCAGCACGGUCAGCAGUGAUGACUUUAGCAACAAAGGCCUACGUUACUUCCGCGUGAAGAGGGCCAGCAUCGCAGGCAUCCCUGUUAUUGCGAUGCGGCUAUCGUAUGUCGGGGAACUGGGCUGGGAGAUCUACACCAGCGCCGACAAUGGGCAGCGUCUGUGGGACGCGCUCUGGCAGGCCGGGCAGCAGCACGGAGUCGUCGCGGCAGGGCGCACCGCCUUCAACGCGCUGCGGCUGGAAAAGGGGUACCGGUCCUGGGGCACCGAUAUGACCACCGAACACGACCCGUACGAGGCCGGCCUGGACUUUGCCCUCAAGGCAGGCAAGCAGGGGUUCGUGGGCCAGACAGCGCUCGAGGGACGCUCCAAGGAGACGACAUCGCGCCAUCUACGCUGCCUCACCGUCGACGACGGCCGCUCCGUCGUGCUGGGCAAGGAGCCGGUCUUCCACGACGGGCGCGCCGUCGGGUACGUCACCAGCGCCGCGUUCGGGUACACCAUCGGAAAGCCCAUCGCGUAUGUCUGGCUGCCCAGCGCGGUGAACGAGGGCGCCCCUGUCGAAAUCGAGUAUUUUGGCAAGAGGAUCCACGCCACCGUAACCCCCGAACCGCUCUAUGACCCGCAAAUGAGCCGUCUGCGCGGGUGA